AGCUAUUUCUAAUUCACUCAAUGCCUAUAAAAUUUCAGAUCUCUCUUAGUAGCUUGUUUGAUGUAAAGCUGCAAAUACUGUGAUCAAUCUUACUUCACUGUCGCACUUGCAUAAUGUCUAUUAAUUUAUCUGUUCAAAGUGUUCUUGAUUCAAUUGAAUCGGCUCAAAAAAAUGACAUUGUUCCUGACCAGGAGUUUGUGCUGCAAGGAAGUGUUAUGGACCUGUCUGUGUCAGUACUCCUCAGUCGACUACGUGGGCUCUGUGACAAUGCCGAUUCAUUGCCUGAAACAUUCCACGAUCAAGAAAUUUGUUUUAUUUUAAAAGAUUUCUCAAACCCUGGAGCUGUAGGGCCAGGCACGGGUGGCGUGAUGCUUCGUGUGCGCAAGGCUCUUGACCACCCCGAGUUGCCUUGGCAGCUGCGAUACACUGGCCAGCCUGAAGUGGGGAACAGACCCGCUUUGUUACGGAACUGCCUCGAUGUGCCAGUGAGUUCAAACAUUUGCGACUUCCUCCACGAACUUGGUGCAAAGGUCGACCACGAGUACGUUUCAAAAGGUUACAUCAUGAGAAAAGGCAGGAUUAAGGUGACCGUCUUCAAAAUAUUCAAGGUUGGAGGGAAAGAAGUCCAGGAAGGUGUCACCAAAAGCCACGUGGUGGAGUUGAGCGCCCUAACAACUCGCGUCGAUGAGGCCAUCGCCACAGAUCUUAGGAUUGUGGCUGACCAGCUCAAGCCGCUUGUAAACCUCCAGAAUCUCGAUUACCGUAGAUUAUAAUGCCUAGCGAAUAAACUGUGUAGUUUAUAGUUAUAAAAAUAGUAAAUGGUUGAUAUAUAA